ACAAAGUGGCGGGAUUCGUUAGGACAAGCAGACACGCCUGCUCAGAGCUUUGUCCUUGUUUCAGAGCAUUUCCGCCCGAUCACUCAAAUAUCAAGUACAUCUAACCUUGAGCGUGAAGAUGUUACAAUCAGGAGCUGCCCAGCGUGGCGUCUCGCGGACGAGUUCGCUUGCACGGAAAGUUGCCCCUGCUCGAAUUGCGGGCGCGCGCAGACGCACAUCAGCAGUUGUGGUUCACGCGAACUAUAAGCCUAACGCGGUCCAGCUUUUUUCGCCCUCAAAGAUCAACCUGUUCCUGCGUGUCGUUCGUCGUCGUGAGGAUGGGUACCAUGACCUGGCGUCGCUGUUCCACGUGAUUGACCUGGGUGACUACAUGGAGUUCGAGACCACCCCUCACGCGCUGCAAGACACGUUGGAGUGCUCCGACCCCACCAUCCCCACCGACGAGUCCAACCUGGUCAUCAAAGCGCUGAACCUGUACCGGCGCAAGACGCUGCAGACCAUGUACUAUAAGGUCAAGCUGCACAAGCGCGUGCCGCACGGCGCCGGCCUGGGCGGCGGCAGCGGCAACGCUGCCACCACGCUGUUCGCGGCCAACAAGCUCAUGGGCGGCAUCGCCUCCAACGAGGACCUGCUGGAGUGGUCGGGCGAGAUCGGGUCGGACAUCUCGGUCUUCUUCUCCAACACCGGCGCCGCCUACUGCACCGGCCGCGGCGAGGUGGUGGAGGACGUGCCGCCGCCCGUGCCGCUGGACACGCCCAUGCUGCUGGUCAAGCCGCCGGUGGGGCUGGCCACGCCCAAGAUCUUCAAGUCGUUGGACCUGGACCGCCGCUCCAGCGCCGACCCGCGCGGCCUGCUUGACACCAUCGCCGCCGCCAAGGGCGUGGACCAGGCCGCCGCCGUGAACGACCUGGAGCAGCCCGCCUUCGACAACCUGCCCGAGCUUGCCGCGCUAAAACAGCGGCUGAUCGAGAGCGGGCAGUUCAGGUCCGUGUUCAUGACCGGCAGCGGCUCCACCAUCGUGUGCUUCGGCUCCGACGCCGUGCCGGCCUUCUUGCGCGAGGAGCCUCAGUACAAGGACCUCUUCAUCUCGCCCACCCGCCUCAUCACGCGCAAGCCCAACGGCUGGUAUGAGCACAGUGGGAUGUGGAAGGAGCAGCUGUGAGUAGCUCGGACUGGCGGACAGCGGCCGGAGCGCCCACAUCGUGGGGAGGUAUCGGCCCUGACCUGGCCUGGGGGCACGGGAGGAGCGGUUAGGGGGUGGAGCGGUUACGGCAUGGGAUGGAGCUCUGGCUGCGGCAGCCUGGGAGCCAGCCGGACACCGCGGCCACAGCCCGCCACAGCCUACGGUUUGUGCGCAUGAAGGGAACCAGCCUUGGGCGGGGGUUAGAGUGGUAGGCAGUGGCAGCGGGUAAUGUUGCCGCAUGCAUUCUUUGUCUUGUGUUGUCAUCACUCAAGAGCAACUGCUGCUGCCGGCUCGUACUGUUGCCGGCGAAGCCUCAGCAGGAUUACGGGAUAUGAGGAGUUGUGGGAUCAUUUGCAACACAACGGUCCGUACACUGCGGAUCUAUUUAUUUAUGUUGGAAGAGGCGGUCAUGCGGAGAACCGGAGACAUUGUCGCGGACCUUGCGGCAAGCCCUGGUAAUGUGAGCAUUGAGCACGAUUGAGCAGGGCUAGAGCCACACAUGCAAACAGUUCCAGA